AUGGAGGAGGCGAUGAAAAAUGAAAACGUCGAGUUUCGAAAGAACUUAGCCCUGAUGCGACAGACUGGCAUGUUCUGUGAUGCUACUAUAUGCAUUCCUGGCGAGACAAAAACAUUGCCGGUUCAUCGAGCAAUAAUGUCCAGCUGUUCCGAAUAUUUCAGGUCGCUGUUCACGAACGGUCUUCAGGAGACGCUACAAAAUGAGGUAUCAAUUCAUGACAUUUCAGUUAAAAUGAUGGAGUUACUAAUAGACUACGCGUAUACAAAAGAAGUGUUGAUCACGCCUGACAAUGCAGUGGAGCUUUUUGCAGCAGCAGACAGAUUCAACGUCCUUGGUUUACUUCAAGACUGCAUUGACUUCUUUGCCACAGAAAUAGCAAUGGAAAACUGCAUUGGCUUUCUACGGUUUGCAAGACACUACAACAACAAACAGUUAAAAGAUAUUUGCUGGGUGUUCAUCACGUCACAUUUCACUAUGAUUUCUGAAAGUAGCGAAGAAUUUGUGCAGCUGACUGCAGACGAACUUCUGGAAAUUAUCAAAGACGACAAGCUUAGUGUCCGAUCAGAAGAUGACGUCUUCAAUGCAGUGAUACGUUGGAUAGAGUUUGCACCACGGGAACGCAAAGAAACAUGUUCACAUCUGCUUAGUGGCGUAAGAUUUCCGUUCAUUACAGAAACAUGCUUCCGAGACAAAAUUUUAAAGAGACGUGAUCUCAAGAGAACAGGUCCUUGCUGGGAGAGAAUUAACCAAUCAUACCAGCUUGUCAAGAAAUUUAGGUCCAGCAAAGACCCCAUGGUGAAAUCCCAAACCGCUUCCUUAGCCAAAUGGAUCAAACCGCGGAUACCAAGCCACAUCAUCUUUGUUAUAGGCGGCUGGGCAAAAGAGGGCGUGACCUAUUCGGUGGAAACAUACGACAAGGUGACGGACAAGUGGUACGAAAUUCAGACGUGCGAGAUGCCACAGCCCCGCGCCUACCACGGCACGGUGACGAUCGAGGACAAGGUGUUCGUCGUCGGUGGAUUCAACGGCACCCACUACCUCAACAGUGUCGCCAGCUUUGAUGUGUCGAAAAGAAAGUGGGAAGAAAAGGCCCCAAUGUAUAUGUCGAGGUGUUACGUGAGCGCUGUUGAGAUUGACGGCAUGUUGUUCGUAUGCGGCGGCUACGACGGCCGGCAGCGACACAACUCCACUGAGCGCUACGACCGAAGCCGCAACCAGUGGACGCUUGUCAAGCCAAUGUACCACCAGCGCAGCGACGCCGGCGCGGCCAGUCUCAGAGGUAAGCUGUAUGUGGCAGGCGGGUUUGACGGGACUUCCUGCCUCUUCUCGGCAGAACAGUACGACCCGGUGGCGGACCAGUGGACGGUCCUGGCGCCCAUGUCAACGCGCAGGAGCGGCGUCAGCCUCGUGACCACGGAGGGACGUGUGUACGCCGUUGGUGGGUAUGAUGGGCAGCGCCGCCUCGAAACUGUUGAGUAUUUCGACCUGCCCCGGCGCCACUGGUAUGAGUCCACGAGCAUGCUACUGGGCCGCAGUAACUUUUCCUGUGUCGUCAUGGACGGGCUCAUCUACGCCAUGGGCGGAUACGACGGUGAAAAAACGUCCCCGGAAACAGAGUGCUACCACCCGGAAGACAAGCGAUGGGACGCGCUGAACGACAUGAACAUCGGCCGUAGUGCCGUCAGCGCAUGCGCAGUUACUGACAUAUACAACGCGCGGGAUUUCAGCUUCCAUGGCAACGAGACGAUGAUCACGUGCUCGGGUGAGGGUCUUACGCCAGCAACGACGGCGUUCGAGAACGCGGAGUAUUCCCGGAUACUGACGAGGUGGCGGCGCUCACCCUUGGGCGAAUCCAGAAGCGACAUGGAUCUAGCAGGCGCCUUGUGA